UAAAAUCAAAAAGUUGUUGGCCGGUGGAAACAUCUCUUAUAUAUUUGCAGAUUUUUGUCUAGUAAAAGUUGGGACUGGUGACAACAUGGUACACACAGAGUUCGAAAAUGGGAACUGUACAAUUUGACAUGCAAAUAAUGGAAGUGAAAUAGUAAAUGGUUAUAAAUUAGGGGAUUUGGUGAGGGAGUUGGGGAGGAGUGAGAAUGGAAGAGUUCAAGCACUUGGUGGUGGCAAAGUUCAAGGAAGGAGUGGUGGUGGAAGAGCUUUUGAAAGGGAUGGAGAAGAUGGUUUCUGAAGUUGAUGAGGUCAAGGCCUUUGAGUGGGGACAGGACAUUGAAAGCCAUGAGAUGCUAACCCAAGGCUUCACCCAUGCUUUCUUGAUGACCUUCAAAAGCAAGGAAGACUUCACUGCUUUUCUUGGCCACCCAAAACAUCUGGAAUUCUCAGGCACAUUUUCAACCGUGAUUGACAAGAUUGUGGUGCUUGAUUUCCCUUCUGUUCUUCUCAAGCCAGCAGCUGUUCUUCUCAAGCCACCUGCUUAAUAUCCAGGAUUUCUACUCAAAACUAUGUUAUAUAGGUUCCCAAUUAAUGUUAUCUUAAAUGUGUGUGUGUGUGAGAGACUUAUUUUAAGGUAAGUUGGAAGUGUUUUCUUGCAUAAUUAUAGUCUGAUCUGUACUGAUGGUGCUAUGAAGGUGAGUGGCUAUAUAACCAUGAAUAAGCUUUGUAUCAAAGUCUUUUUAUCCAUUAUGCAAUGAAUGAGAAUCUGUUGAGGGGUUGAUGUUA